AUGAUCUUAAACUUUUGUCAGCUUCCAGAAAGGCGAAUUUGCCCCGGAAAUAGGACUUUUCUUGGUCAACUUACGCGGUCUAGCAAAUGCAAACCCCUGUUCUUGACUGCGUCGCUAUUUGGUAUUUCCUUUAAUUCAAAGUUUAUGCUUAGGGGGCUUAUUUUGUUUAAUGAUCUGUUCAUGCACAGAUAUAUCCAACUGGACGACUUUUGAGUCAAAGGGGUUUUAUUGGUUGUGUGGGUAGGCAAGUUUUGGUCGAUCCAGUUUGUUGGAACUAUUCUAAUCCUGCGCAUUCCAUUUUGGGGUUUUGGAUUCCGAAGUUUAACUUUUUAGGAGAGAAAAGGAUUAUUUCAUUUCAGUCUCUUUUUUUGGGGAGUGGGGUUGACUACACAAUUUGAUUUUUAGUUGAAAUUUAGCAGUGAGUCCCAAAGGUUUCUUAUGAAGAGUCUAGGAUUGAGGCAUCUUUAGUUGUUGCUUAUUGGACAUAUAUUUCUCUUUGGUGGUUAUCUGUGCGAAGACCUGAGGUUUAGGGUUUUCUAGGAUUCUUGGGAUUGAUUUUUCUGAUGAUCGAUGAAAAGCAUUGAGUGGGAUUUGGAAGUUGAUUCAAGACCAAAUGUGUAUUAACAGAGUACUUUUGUUAGUUUUGUCUGUGAUUCUGCUUGUCACUUUGGAAGGAGCAAGUCAAGAGAUAAAGAGGCCAGAAGAAGAUUUAUUAGCCAGUCUAAUCAACUCAGGGGAUAUAAAUCAUGACGAGGCUGAGCUAGUAUGGCUAAACUGUAGGAUAGAGUUGAUAAAUGCCAAGGAAGCAGUUGAAGAUCUUGAACUUCUUGUCCAAGAGGGACAGUAUAGUUGGAAGAAUGAAAUCAUUUCUAGAAGGCAACCGACCAAAACAGACAUGCAGGAAUUUGAGAGUCUCGUGCAUCCACUGGUGAAACAAACUCUUCUGGAUUGUUUACAAAAGAACAAUCUUGAAUUUCUUGUCUCUGGGGAGGAAAAUGGCUCAAAAACUUGGUAUACUUGGUUUUUGGAUUUUUUAUUUGCUAGGCUUGAUACUCCCAAACGACGAGAAUUAGUUCAGAACUCUGGAGAAGCACCUGCACCGGCCCCCGUAGCAGCAUCACCUGGUCCAAUUUCUGAUUCUCGACCACCUACCCUUCCUCCGCCAUUCUUUCAACGUUUUAACAGUUCAAGCCUGCAACCUGUAGCUAGUGAGCCUUCUAGUUCAGGUGCGCUGUCAGAAAAGCAAAGUAGCAAUCACAAAACAGUGGUUGUCGCAGUUUCUGUGACUGCUGCAGUGACACUAUUUAUGGUUGCAGUACUGCUUAUAUGCUAUUACAAGGUUUGCAAGGGUGGAUCCAGAAAGGGACAAAAUGAUGAGAGGCCUCUAUUGUGCUUAAGCUUAAGUGACUACCCUAUUGUUUCGGACUGUUCAGGGAAAUCUUUUGCUUCAGGAAAUUCAUUGAACAAUGAAAAAGCUGGUAACCAUUCACUUAAUCACCUGUCUGGAGGCAAUUUCUCCACGAAUCACAACUUCGGUGGCAAUUUCUCCACGAAUCACAACUUCGGUGGAAAUUUCUUCAUGGAACCACAGACCUCCAAUAGCUCUAAAAUGGAGGUUCCAUUAGGAGCUGUUUCCUCUGCUGCUGUGACCUCAGUGGAGGUUUCUGGACAAUCAGCACCUGGACAGUUGGGCAUAGCCGGGCUACCUCCACUGAAGCCUCCCCCUGGGAGGGUAAAUCCCCAUGUGGCUCCAUCUGCCAAAGUAGGGCUUCCAGUUUCCCCUUCUCCGGCUAAAACAACCUUUCUGCCUCCCACUCCUCCAGCUAAAGCAGCUCCACCAGCUCCCCCUCCAGCUAAAGGAGCUCCCACGGCUCCCCCUCCUCCACCUAAAACAGCUUCUUCAGCACCCGCUCCUCCCCCUUUACCACUAAGGCCUUCCACUGGUGGUCCACGUCCUUCCCCACCUGGGCCACCACCACCUCCUGUACCUUCUGGCAAGGCUGGUCCACGUCCACCACCACCGCCAGCUCCUAUGGGCUUGAAGCCACCUCAGCCACCACCUGUUCGACAAAGUCAUUCAUCAACAAGUGCUACUGGAGAGGGAUCGGCCGAUGGUCCAAAAACAAAGUUGAAGCCUUUCUUCUGGGACAAGGUCCUAGCCAACCCUGAUCACUCAAUGGUUUGGCAUCAGAUAAAAUCAGGAUCCUUCCAGUUUAAUGAAGAGAUGAUAGAGAGUCUAUUUGGUUAUGCUUCUGCUGAUAAAAACAAGAAGGAUACCAAGAAAGACAAUCCAUUUCAAGAUGCUUCUAACCAGUAUAUUCAAAUUAUUGAUCAAAAGAAGGCACAGAACUUAGCAAUUCUUCUAAAAGCUUUAAAUGUGACAACAGAAGAAGUUUGUGACGCUCUUAAGGAAGGACAUGAGCUUCCAUCAGAAUUGCUUCAAACUUUGCUGAAGAUGGCACCAACAUCUGAGGAAGAGCUGAAGCUGAGGCUCUAUAAUGGAGAGGUUUCUCGACUUGGGCAUGCUGAGCGGUUUCUGAAAGUCUUAGUUGAUGUUCCAUUUGCCUUCAAACGGCUGGAAUCAUUGCUUUUUAUGUGCACCCUUCAGGAGGAGGCAUCCAUGGUUAAAGAAUCAUUUGCAACCUUGGAGGCUGCUUGCACAGAACUCCGUAAAAGCAGGCUGUUUCUCAAACUGCUAGAGGCAGUUCUAAAAACAGGAAAUCGCAUGAAUGAUGGAACAUACCGUGGUGGUGCACAAGCAUUCAAACUUGACACACUACUAAAGUUAUCAGAUGUGAAAGGGACAGAUGGAAAGAUUACACUGUUGCACUUUGUUGUUCAGGAGAUAAUCCGCUCUGAAGGCGUACGAGCUGCAGGUGCCAAGGAAGCAAAGGGUAUGUCGAGCGUAACGGCUGAUGAUCCAACCCAGGAUUUGGAAGAGUAUCAUCGAAGCCUUGGUUUACAAGUUGUGUCAGGUUUAGGUAAUGAGCUUGAGCAUGUGAAGAAUGCUGCAGUGCUAGAUGCGGAUAGCUUAACAACAACAGUUUCCAGUCUUGGUCAUUCGUUAGUAAAAGCCAAGAAUUUCCUAAAUUCAGUGACGGACCAAGUGGGUGAAGACGAUGGGUUUAUCCAGACACUAAAGAAUUUUGUGCAGAAUGCUGAAGUUGAUGUGAUGUGGUUGCUUGAAGAAGAGAAGCGCAUCAUGUCUCUAGUUAAGAGCACCGGUGAUUACUUCCAUGGAAAUGCUGGAAAGGAUGAAGGCCUGCGAUUAUUUGUUAUAGUUCGUGAUUUUCUGAUAAUACUAGAUAAGGUAUGCAGAGAAGUUGGAGCUACAAAAAUGAAGACAAAAUGGGCUCCACGGAAAGAGAAUAUGGCAGUUGCUUCUUCAGAACCACAACAAUCUCAAUCUCCUCCCCCCGAUCCUCGUCAUAAACUUUUUCCAGCAAUCACUGAUAGGCGAUAUGACAGUUCCGGCUCUGAUGAUGAGGUGUAGCUACAUCAAGUGUGCAAGUCCUGACCUAUUUUAGUGGUUGGUCAGACUCUGACCUGCAAUAAUUUGAGGUAUUAUGUUAUCAUCGCUGUGUCAGAACCCUGUGUUUAAAAAUUUACUUGGUUCAUUCUAUUUUAAGUGAGUUCAGAGAUUUAGGAGCAGGUAAAAAGAUGGGUAUGAUCUUUGAUUUGUUGCACGACAAACUUCUGUGGUACGAGGAUGAUCUGCAACUGUUGUAAGAUUGCGGUCUUCAGGUCUUUUGUUUAGUGAAACACCAUUGCUGCAAUAGGUAGAAAAAUUAACUUGGCAUAUCCUCUCCCCCUUCUUGUAAUUCUUAAUUUUGUUUUUAAUUGUUUAUUUGAUUGUGUAAUUAAGCAAGGUAGUCUGUCUGGGCAUUAUUUAGCAAUCCUAGCCAUGUUUGAAAGAAAUGAUGACUUUUUCACCAGAAAUUUGUAGAUUAUGUUAUUUGCCUCCUUUUUUAUU